UACCGGAGCAUCUUCCAAAUAGCCCAAUGUGUCCAGCAAACCCCAAACAUACCUCGGGCGGCAAAGGGCUAUGUGUUUAUCACGGGAGAAGGAAGACGGGGUCUACGCUCAAGGCCGAACGUACUAUGAGCGAUAGACGCCAAGGCUCGGAAGUAUCCAUCACCUCACAGACCGAAAAGGGAUGGCAAGAGGGGAAUUAAGUAAUAAGUUGAUAUUAACCAUACAGUGAAACC